AUUGACAGAGAGCGGGGGAAAGAGAGAGGAAGAGAUAAAAAAUGAGUUGAGGUUUAUCAGUGAGUCUGAUAGAAAAUGCCAUCAUAAUAACCACAAUUGCACCAAGAGAUAGCCCAGCAGUGAAAUGAUUAAUUACCGUUGAUCACGUAGAAUUAAAUUUGACACAGACACUCAAACCUCUCUGGAUGGAACCUUUAUUCAAAAGGAAAAGUGCUUCGUCUUCAGGGGGGUGAAGCCAAUUACAGAUGCCAAAAAUACAUGUGAUAUCAAACUUUCAGGUUACUGCCUAGAUCCACCAACCUGGACAACCGGAUGACGGAUCCAGAACGAUGAUACACAACCAGGACAUCCCAUGGCCAUUCUUGUGGGGGUCUACAGCUUGCAGAAAUCCUACCAGGUUAAACCAUCAGAGGGGGACUCUCAUGAUGAUCCACAACCAGGACAUCCCAUGGCCAUUCUUGUGGGGGUCUACAGCUUGCAGAAAUCCUACCAGGUUAAACCAUCAGAGGGGGACUCUCAUGAUGAUCCACAACUAGGACAUCCCAUGGCCAUUCUUGUGGGGGUCUACAGCUUGCAGAAAUCCUACCAGGUUAAACCAUCAGAGGGGGACUCUCAUGAUGAUCCACAACCAGGACAUCCCAUGGCCAUUCUUGUGGGGGUCUACAGCUUGCAGAAAUCCUACCAGGUUAAACCAUCAGAGGGGGACUCUCAUGAUGAUCCACAACCAGGACAUCCCAUGGCCAUUCUUGUGGGGGUCUACAGCUUGCAGAAAUCCUACCAGGUUAAACCAUCAGAGGGGGACUCUCAUGAUGAUCCACAACCAGGACAUCCCAUGGCCAUUCUUGUGGGGGUCUACAGCUUGCAGAAAUCCUACCAGGUUAAACCAUCAGAGGGGAACUCUCAUGAUGAUCCACAAACCAGGACAACCUGUGGUCAUUCUUGUGGUGGGUUGCAACUUGCAGAAUCCCUCCAAGAUUGAAUCCACCAGAGGGGGACUGUCGUGACUGUCCUGUGAGGCUCCCACAGAGGGGGGAGGAGGGAACUGGUGAGGGUUAACACCUCACACCCUGUUGUAAAUCAAGGACAGAAUACUCAGACAUCCCUCUUCAAAUUUGCCCAAGGAAUGUGUUAGUUUUAAAGACAGAAUAACACAAUACAAAAUGUACAAGGGCUACUUACAUGCAGGCAAGGUGUUUGGGUGUAAUCAUGUUGGCCAUAUUGGAUUCAGAAUAAAAUGUGUUUACACUAA